AUGGGCCCCGGCGAACCGCCUAUGGGCCCCGGGGGCCCGCCUAUGGGCCCCGGGGGCCCGCCUAUGGGGCCCGGCAGCCCCGCUAAGGGCCCCGGGGGACCGCCUACGGACCCCGGCCACGGAGCACCAGGGGGCCCAGUUAACCCUGGGGGCCCAGGGGGCCUCUGGGACCAAGCAGGCCAGGGUUUUCCGGGGCCUCCGGACCACCAGGGCUCCCCCGCGGGGGGGCCCUUAAAGGAAGAGCCAGCGGGGCCAAACCAGGCUGAAGAGCCCGAGCUGCCGGGGCCCCCAAGGGCCCCCGUAUUCUGCACAGGCCGUGAUCCCCGAGAAUAG